UUUUCGAUCCAUAGAACCCCGAGCAAUUAUUUCCAACCGAUUUUUAAUUAUCUUUUACUUUCCUGGUAUCUAUGGAUAGCUGUUGGCAUGCUUCGGGGCAUUUCAUUAAUUUCACUUCAUUUUGAUGCUCUCCCUAUCGUACGAAUAUGUGUGGGAAGUUGUGGACUAGGACGGGGCAGAGGCAGAGGCAGAGCACACGUAAGGGGAUGGAGACAAUGAUGUCUGGAAAUGGCUUGCCUUGCAUCACUGCAGGCGCAUAUCUGCCGGAUGCGCGGCUUGUUUGGUAAUUUCCUUAACGGAUGUGCAUGCAGUUGCAGGAGCAGCCGCAGGAUCUGCAGCUGCCAGCAGACGGAGCCAACAGUGGAGGGGCAAUUGGCAGACACGUCGCUAGAUGUGGUCCUGUGGCCAACCGGAGAACCAACCAACCAGACCAGACCAGACCACACCAUCACAGGACAGAACAGGACAGGACAGCAGCACAGACAGUUGCCAUGCCAAGACCAAGAAUUUUCUGCUUUCCUUUUCCCUUAGCGUCGGUGUUGCUCUCGAUAUUGCCAAUGCCAUUGCCAUUGCCAGCCCCAGUGGCCAGUGCUCUGGCAGUUGCAGUUCGCCAGAUACGAGGGACGUCAAACGAAAUAAGAAAAAUAUAUUGCUAAAUUCUCGCACAGGAAACGGGAGCAGCAACAGCAUCAGCAUCAGCCAGCGGGUGGACAACGGGCAGAGCUCCGUUGUCCGUUGUCCGGCACGUGCACUACGCCCAAAUGGCAAGCGGAAGUUCAAAAGAGCAAAGGACAUGUAACGCUAUUUCGCUAUUCUUCUCUGCCGUUACUCCUGUUCUGUCCGCUUCGCGCAGUUUUGGCCAAGCGAUUGCGGCAACAAAUUUGCAAUAAGCAAUUUUUAAAUUUUCAAUUUGGGCAGCAAGGACAACAGCAUCCCUUGGGUUGGAUGAGGACAUGCAAAACAGCAGCCACAUAUCGCCCGACACCAUAAUUCAUCUGGAGUUGCCAAAAAGCCCGUUUCUGCCCAAAAGACACACACAGCAGGGUGUAACCAAACAAUUCCGUGGCAGGUCUGGUUCAGCCAGAUCACACCGUUAACACAUUAACAUUCAAAUAUGGCCAUUAAUGAACAAUAAAAUAGCUGAAUUCGAACUAUGUCUUAAA